CGCCGCCUUACACGUCGAAGAAGGCGUCACUCACCAGAAAUAGAAUGGCGGAAGCGGCACGACAGCAGUACCUCGCAGCUGCAAGCGAAGCGCUGAUGCUGUCCUCGCCAGCCAUCUCAUCCUACCUGCAAACGGUCAAUGAGCAGCAUGUCGGCCAUCCUCAGUCAUGCUCUGCUUGUGGCAGCACCAUGCUGCUGGGCUGGAGCUGCACGAAGAUCACCACGAAAGCUCACACACGCACCAGGCGUGAUCGGAUGUCAGGAACUAGCAAGGCGGCAACGACCACGCUCGAAUGCCUGAGGUGCUCCUCCGUCACAACAGUCGUGGAACGGGGGCUACGAAGAUCAAAGAACGCAAAACUCGAUCGCUCGGGCAAAUUACCUCUGGUCUCACAUGAACAGCCGCUUCGAGCACCAAAAUCUGCUAUGGGAAAAGCGGAGGCCCGCGCGCCCUCGGCUGCAGGCUCCAAGAAGCGUGGGCGCGGGAAGAAAAGCAGUCUUCAGGCCAUGCUCGCGGAUCGCAAGACGACCGGCACUUCAAGCGGAUUUGGACUGAGUUUGGACGACUUCAUGAAGUGAACCCUCCACACUGCUUGGCUGUAGACAAAACUUGCCGUGCUGCCGCCUCCCCGACACCCCUAUGGUCUUGCUGUACCCCGGGAGACGAUUCUUGAUUUCUAUCAUCCAUCUCAAUAUCAUCCAUCUCAAAGAAGAAAACUGAGAAUGAACAAAGUACCGACAUAUGGAAUGACAACACAAAUUCG